CUCAUUUUGAGCUAACCAAUACAUGAGUAUAGGUUAUUGUAAGGACAUAUCAUUAUAUUUAACUUUCAGGCUAUUGUUUUUAAAUUGUAUCUAGUUAUUACGAUAUACAUUUCGUUUUCUCAGAAAGAAUAGAGAAUUACCGAAAUGAUACACCUACAGACUUUCUGUUUUAUUAUUAAUUCAUAACUACCGUUUCUUUCGCUGUCGCAGUGUUUUCAAAAUAAACUUCCCACAAGGUAUUUACAUCCUAAUCGUAUCGUGUCGAGUUGCAGCUAAUUAUUAGUUAGGUCAAUGUUUUAAAAAGUUAAAACUGUGCUCGCUCAAGCUUCAUCAAGUAAUGUGCCCUAAGACACGUAUCAUAAAAAGGACGGACAUCUUCAACUCGAUCUCUGGUUAGGGGGCACAUUUCUGAUUUUCAUUUAUCGACGUUACAAACCAAUCAAUUACAAGUGAGGUAAAGUAAAAUAAUUUGUUUAAACACCGAAUGAACGGCAUCUCAAGGUAAGAGGCUUGCAGGUGCGCAGGUACACAGGUGCGCAGGUAACCAGGUACGCAAGUACACGGGUACACAGGUAAAGAGGUACGCAAGAACACAGGUACGCUAGUAAACAGGUACGUGGGUACACAGGUAGGCAGGUACACAGGUACGCGGGUAACCAGGUACACACGUAAAAAGGUACGCAGACACACAGGUACGCACACAGGUACGCAGGUACGCAGUGAAACAAGUGCUCAGGGCUUUUCAGCACAUUCGUGCUGCCAUUCCCUGGGAAGAGAUCAAUGCCUAUGGAUAUGAAAUGCCUAUUUGUGACGGCACCUUUAAACAUUUGUUUUUUUGUUUUACUAAUGAAGUUUUCAACAAAUUAAUUUAUAAUGGGUUAAAUAAAUAUUAUUAAAGAAAAUAAUUAUUUAGUAACAAAUUAAUAGUUUUAUAAUAUCUUGAAACACAUUAUUUAACAACAUUACUAUUUAGUAACAACUAAAACUAAAAAAAAAAUAAUAAAAUUCAUAGCAUUUCUCUGUGUAGAUUUGCGCCAUAUUAAAUUCAGGUAUGCCAAAAAAAGAACCUUUGUAUCUUGAAUUUAACAACAUUUUUCACGGAGGGAGUCAAUGAGUCCCAUCAAUGCCCCCUUCCCCCCAUUUUGGCUGUGCGCCUUUUGGAGCCCAUUAUUCCCCCCCCCCCUCUUUAACCGUUUUAGUGCAUGUGUCAGGGGCAGCGUUAUUUCACGUUUUGUGAAUUCCAGGUAUCACAGUGCCAAAAAGCACAAACUUUUAUUUUUGUGUAAAAAAAAGAACCUUUGGUUCUUGAAAUUAACAAACUUUUUCACGGAGGGAGUCAAUGAGUCCCAUCAAUGCCCCCUUCCCCCCAUUUUGGCUGUGCGCCUUUUGGAGCCCAUUAUUCCCCCCCCCCUCUUUAACCGUUUUAGUGCAUGUGUCAGGGGCAGCGUUAUUUCACGUUUUGUGAAUUCCAGGUAUCACAGUGCCAAAAAGCACAAACUUUUAUUUUUGUGUAGUAUUUUUUAUUGGGGGGGGGGGCGGCAAAUUCAAAGUCUGCCUGGGGUGGGACAGUGUCUCGCUACGCCACUUUCCCAACUCCAUCAUUUACUUCGAUUAGGAUAUAUAGUUUUAAAAAAUAAUGUUCCCCAUCUCCCCCCCCCCGUUUCCUCCGCUCUUCUCUUUCUCCCUCUCCCAUAUAUCCCACCUCUCCCUCCUCCCUCUCGUUCUGCGAUUCUCUCUCCUCUGAAAACAAUUCCACCUAACAAGAUAAUGAAUCUCUCUACAGCAUGGAGGAAAAGCCUGUAUUCGACAGGGAUGUUAUUUACCAUCUCCGUGACAUCAAUCAGGAGCUUGUGACGGAAUGGACGGAGUGCUUCAAGGCGUACCCCACCACUGUCAAGGUAAUGUGACGUUCUCAAGUAGCCUGUCAAUGCUUCAAGGCGUACCCCACCACUGUCAAGGUAACGUGACGUUCUCAAGUAGCCUGUCAAUCGGGCAGCUCAAAAUUCCAUUGGGGGCAGAUCUGGAGACAUAAAACUGUUACACCGAUCUUAACACACUGUAAAAUGGUGGAGUCAGUCGAGGGAGAGGGUUUUUCUAAAAAAAUUUAAAAAAAACAAACAAUUAUGUCAGUGGUUCUCAACUUUUCUAAUGUCGCGACUCUUUAAUACAGUUCCCAAUGUUGUGGCGACCCCCAACCAUAAAAUUAUUUUCGUUGCUACUUCAUAACUGUAGCCUUUAUGAGUUUUCAGAUGGUCUUAGGUGACCCCCGUGAAAGGGUCGUUCAACACCCAUAGGCCUUACAGAAUAAUUUUCCACGCAGCACGGUCCUGUGCUUUCCUUUCCAAUUGCUUCCAGGUGUAUCCCAUAUUUUGUGUGUCUGCCUCUAGCUCACGUCUCCAUGUAUUCUUAGGCCUUCCUCUCAUUCUUUUUCCCUGUGGGUUCCAUGUUAGGCAUUGUCUAGUGGUGCUAUCUGGGGGUUUUCGGAGCGUAUGCCCUAUCCACCUCCAUCUUUUCUUUAUAUCUUCAUCAAUGGUCACCUGGUAUGUCCUUUCUUGUAGAUCUUUGUUGGUGAUAUUAUUUGGCCAUUUGAUGUUCAGUAUUUUUCUAAGGCAUGUAUUUAUGAAUGUCUGCAUUUUCUGCGUAAUGCUCGCUGUUGUUUUCCAAGUUUCUGCUCCAUAAAAAUGCCAUGGGAAUCAGUGACCAAGUGCCUAUGGCAAACAGUUGCCAAGUGCCUAAGGUUAGGCACUGACCAGACAUCCGGGGAAAGAACCUUUUCAGUGCUUUUAAAAGAUGCACUCAGCACUGGGUGGGCACUGACGACAUGCCAAGGGAAAGCACCGCCAAGGCACAGAGGGCCGGUACUGAAUAGUCGCCUUAAUAAAGCAACGACGUCUAUCACCUUUUAAACAUCUUACUGGAAAAUGGGUAUCUAUACGGCGCCCACAGCUUUCUGAACAACAUGACACCCCCCUGCCAGAAUCUGAGACACUGGAAAGUCAUUUAUUAUUUUUAGAAAGCAACAAACAUUUUUAAAACGAAUUUUAAAGCAAAAAAAAAAAGAACCCCGAACACUUGAUUAGAGAUCUUUAUAUUACAAUACAUUUGUUUCCCCAGCCUUCUCACGGAGACAUAUGUGUAGGGGCGCCGGCUGCUGACGCCAUUGUAAGUGUUUUUUUUUUAAUUAAAAAGAUAUUUAAAUGUCAUUAACAUAUCAAAUGCAUUCAAUAAAAUAUCGAUCGCUCAACUCCAUUUCUAUCAAUCUUCUCUCUCAUUCUUUCAUAUGAGCAUUGUAUGUCUUCGGUCUCCAGUCCUCAUACAUUUAUUUACUCACACGCUCUCUCUUUUCCCCCAUCUCUCUCUUUAUCUUUCUCCUCUCUCUCUCUCUCUCUCUCUCUCUCUCUCUCUCUCUCUCUCUCUCUCUCUCUCUCUCUCUCUCUCUCUCUUUCCCUCUCUUUUUCUCUACACGCUCUCUCUCUUCCCCCCUCUCUCUCUCUAUCUCUCUCCUCUCUCUCUCUCUCUCUCUCUCUCUCUCUCUCUCUCUCUCUCUCUCUCUCUCUCUCUCUCUCUCUCUCUCUCUGUGUCCCUCUCUCUUUCUCUUUCUUUCUCUCUCUCCCACAAUCACUGAAAAUCUCUCCCACAUAUAGUUAAAUGUACACUACAACACCGAAUACAAUCCAAUACUUUAGCUGAUACCAUCUUGUGAUCUAACACAACUGAAACUCACCAACUACCAUUCAUUGAAAAUCCUUCUAUCAGAUUCACCAAAAUUUACCCUCAAAUUCAUUGAUAUUAACCUUUUAAAAUUCUCUGAAAUUGCCUUUCUCAGAUUCACUGAAAUUUCCUCUCUCAGAUUCCCUUGAAUUCCUUCUCUCAGAUUCCAUUGAAUUCCUUCUCACAGAUUCCCUUGAAUUCCUCCUCUCAGAUUCCCUUGAAAUCCUUCUCUCAGAUUCCCUUGAAAUCCUUCUCUCAGAUUCCCUUGAAAUCUUUCUCUCUGAUUAGUCAUUAAAGCCCACUCCCCAAAAUUCGCUGUGACGUAUUUACCAAAAUUCUAUAGAACUCUCUUUCCCUCUCUCCAAUAAUAAUUGGAAUCUCCCAACCCCAGGUCUGCCCUGGCAACAGCUUUGGCUUCAUGGGAAAAGGGGCUAUGGACUCGGCCAUAAUUAACUACUUUGGUCAAGACAUGUAAGUAGGUAGACACAAGGAAUGAAACAAUGUAAUUUAGCCACGGCCCUUUUCUCCUUUUUUUAAAAAAAGAAGAGCAACACUAUUAUUAGUGUCAGGCACAGGUCGGGGAGAUGAAACAUCUUUACAGUUACAAAUUUACUUUCCUGAGCUUCAAAGAGUCCUUUGACCUGUCAAAGCAAGUCGUCCUCGCCGUAUCACUUUCAAUGGGCAAAAUCGAUUGGCCAAGAAGACUGGACUGUUUCAUAUUAGAUCGCCAAUAGCUCAUUGUUUUUCAAAAAUGAACGCGCAAAUUUGAAAUUUUCCAUUUGGUGUCACCACGGUUGCCAACCGUGCGCAUAUGUUCAAACAGUCUGUAACUAAAUGACCUAAAUUGACUCGUCCGUCACCAUCCGUAACUAUCCGUUACCGUCCGUAACCGUCAAUAACCGUCCAAAACCGUCCAUAACCGGUUGUAAGAACUCUAGGAUGUCAGUAAAAAAAAAAAGAGACAUUUUUUACAUCUUGCUUUAAACUUUUAUACUCAUAAUGAACGGAAAACUGGUAAGAAUAUCAUUCAGUAAGCCAAAAGUUUUCGAAACGUACUCCGCGGAACACUGAGUACUCCGCGGAACACUCAGUACUUCGCGGAACACUGAGUACUCCGCGGAAUACUAAAACAUUUGAUUGGAUAGGAAAUCAUUUUUUUUUCUUCUGACGUCUCCAUUUUUACCCUGAAUGAACAACAAGUACAGAUUUACUUCUACAGAUCGUGGAUACACCAUGAAGCACAUUAAACAAUUCUGGAUCUCUGUUAAAGAUGAAUACCUGGGUCAAGGAAAAAAAAACACGAAACAAAAAAAAAAAAAAUAAAAAAAAAAAAAAAUAUACACAUUAUUAUUUUCUAGUAAAUAUUGAAACAAAGGAACGAGAGAGUCUGGUAGACUUAGAAGAGGAGAUGCGAGUGCUGUUAUCAUUAAUUUGUCCCAAGAUUGCUGAAAUCUGCCAAGGUCACCAAGCUCAUGUCUCACAUUCAAAUUGAGAUUUUAUUAGAGCGUUGUAAUUUUAAGUAAAUUUAAAUAAAUAAUUUUGCAUCAUUAAAUAUAGGAAUUUUGAUCUUUUAUAAAAGUAACACUUUGAAGUAGGGGUGGCCAACACUAAUCUCUGAAUGUUUGUUUUUUCGCGCAGGACUUCCAAUACAACAUAAUCUUUAAGCAGGUGUGGCCAACAUGUUUAAAAUCAAAGGUGCAAUAUUUUUUAAUAAAAAUAACAUAAUACUGUAUUAUAAGUGUUUCACACACAAACAAAUGAAUAAUAGUAAUAAUAAAUAAAAAAAGCCGAGUUUAGUGUUCCCCGACCUCAAAAAGAUUGAGAACCACUUCAAUAAGCUAACGCCUACAAAUGGGAUUAGGUCUCAUAAAUGGUCAAAUCACAUAAAGUCAUAGUCAUGGAAACAUACGCGUAAGAUAUUAAAAAUUUGACAGUAUUGUGCGUAGAGCCAUAACAAAUUUAGUGGUAAUGAUAUGUCAUUUUAUUGCGUCUUAGUUUCGACAGUAUGACUUUAAAAAUGUUUCCUUACACAAGUUUUCUUGACAGCAAAAACUUUGCAGUUUUAGAAUAUUUGUCCGUAGAUUUUAUUUAACAAGUUGGCAACAUUGCGUGUCACCCCCUGUGAGGGCGUCACCCGGCGCGGCUUUUACCCUUCGCACCGCCCUAGUCACGCCACUUUUAGAUCUUCAGAGAAAUUCCAUCCCCAUUCUGCCAGAUAAGAGUGAGUUGACUGUGCAUUGCACUGAUGACUGAUGACUGAUGACUGACGACGGUUUGUUCGUAAGCUAGUGUAGUACACUCAUUUAUUAAAACGUAUUGCAAGCUUUUUCUUUAUCCUAAUUCGGGUUUUAAUUUCAGACAAGACAAUCUCCAAGAAGUGAUCAGAGAUGAAUAUGAAGGGGAACUUCUAGUGGUUAGUAUCUGAUUGCUGUCUUAUAAUCGUGGAUAUGUUAGUGCAGUCUUAUAAUCGUGGAUAUGUUAGUGCAGUCUUAUAAUCGUGGAUAUGUUAGUGUAGUCUUAUAAUCGUGGAUAUGUUAGUGCAGUCUUAUAAUCGUGGAUAUGUUAGUGCAGUCUUAUAAUCGUGGAUAUGUUAGUGCAGUCUUAUAAUCGUGGAUAUGUUAGUGCAGUCUCAUAAUCGUGGAUAUGUUAGUGUAGUCUUAUAAUCGUGGAUAUGUUAGUGGUCUUAUAAUCGUGGAUAUGUUAGUGUAGUAUUAUAAUCGUGGAUAUGUUAGUGUAGUCUUAUAAUCGUGGAUAUGUUAGUGCAGUCUUAUAAUCGUGGAUAUGUUAGUGCAGUCUUAUAAUCGUGGAUAUGUUAGUGCAGUCUUAUAAUCGUGGAUAUGUUAGUGUAGUCUUAUAGUGGUAAAUAUGUUAACGUAGUCUAAUAGUGGUGAAUAUUAGGGCUCUUAACCUGUGGUGCCCGUACCUCUUGAGUUCCAUCAAAAGUGCCCUUUGGUCUGCGUGCCGCACUUCCUUCGUAAUUUUAUUUUAUGCAUUUAAAAACUGUUUUAUUAAGAAGCUGUCCUUGAAAUUGUCCUGCCUGACAAAUGGGACCAUGGAACAAAAGGUGAAGAACUCCUGGACCAAAUGAAGAUAAGCGCUUCACGCACCCCCCUUCCCCAAGAUGUCAACAACAAUCAUUAGAAAAUAUGAUACUCAUUUAUAUUUUUGCGAUAGUAUAAUAUAGUAACGAUCAAAAUAAAAAAUAAAAAUACAAUAGUUAAUAUUAACACACUGAAUUAACACAUAAUAUUAACAAUGAUAAAAUCUAACAAAAACAAGAAAUAAAAACGUUGAGAAAUGACCAGAUAAUCAUGCUAUGUCCACAGGGGCAGGCCGUCAUUCUAGGAGGACUGGAUCGGACAGAGAGGAACAUGGCCCAUAACUGGUCUAACAUGAAUCAGGGGGAUCCCAUCACAUAUUUAAUAACGGCUCCGACCGUUCGGGUGCCUCAAAAUGUGUCCACUACCCCCAACGCUUACCUGGCUUUUCGAGCUGUCAUUCUUGCAGGUAAAAAAUAAAACAAUCAUCUCUGGGGUAUCAGUUUGGGGGAAACGUGUUUUUUUGUGGGGGUUUUUUUUGGGGGGCGGGGUGGGGGUGUAGCUGAGAAGACACUCUGAUAUGUUAUGUAUUAAAUGACACACAAAUGAAAAUAUAUAAGAUAUCUAAAAAAAGAAAGGGGUGGGGUACCAGUACAAUUUCAUAAUAAAUUAUUAUCAUUGACCUAUUGUCUAGGACAGUUGAGACAGGAGGAGCAUCCUCUUCUCAUUCAUCUACUAUGAUUUUCACUGGCACUAAAUUAACACAUUGACUCACGCAAAAAACUUAGUUUAAAUGAAAGACUGACUAGCAGCUCACGGGUUGGUUUAUUUGAUCCCAUAGUCAGGAAACACAACCUUGAUCACAAGACGAGCCCAAUACGACAAGUGCUGGUGCCAGGUCUGGUCUCUGGUGGAGGGCGCAUGCCAGUCAAACGAUGUGCCAUGCAAGUAAGGGAACUGUCUGUCAGUGUGUUCACUCAACUGGGGACAGCUGUCAGUGUGUUCUACAUCUGGGGGCAGCUGUUAGCGUGUUCUACAUUUGGGACAGCUGUUAGUGUGUUCACACAUAUGGGGGGCAUGUGUUAGUGUGUUCUACAUCUGGGACAGCUGUUAGUGUGUUUACACAUAUGGGGGGCAUGUGUUAGUGUUUUCUACAUCUGGGGGCAUCUGUUAGUGUUUUCUACAUCUGGGGGCAUCUGUUAGUGUUUUCUAUAUAUGAGACAACUGUUAGUGUGCUCACACAUCCGGGUCCAGCUCUUCGUCGUGUGUUCUACAUAUGGGGGCAGCUGUUAUUGUGUUCACACAUCCGGGUCCAGCUGUUUGUGUGUUCUACAUAUGGGGGCAGCUGUUAUUGUGUUCACACAUCCGGGGGGGGCAGCUGUUAACGGGCCCUCCUUUUAGGGGCAGCUGUUAACGGGCCCUCCUUUUAGGGGCAGCUGUUAACGGGCUCUUCAUAUGGGGGCAACUGUUAAUGGGCUCUCCAUAUGGGGGCAACUGUUAACGGGCUCUUCAUAUGGGGCCAGCUGUUACCGGCUCUCCUUUUUUUGACAGCUGUUAACGGGCUCUUCAUAUGGGGCCAUCUGUUAGUGUGUUCUACAUCUGGCAUCAACAAGCUCUUUGAAUGAAUAAAUGUGUUUCUUUUCAUUUUUAAACAUAUAUUUUUUUAACUAUGAAAAGAAGUGAAAAGAUAAUUUCAUUGAAAUAUUUGUUUUGAUUUUGUUUAUAAUUAUAUUACACCACAUGUCAUGUGCACUUUCUAUCUCCCUCUGAUAGCGGCUUUCUAAAUAUUUUCUUAUCAGAUAUGUUAUAUUAUAUCAUGACUGCAUGAGUUAAGAUUUUUUUGUUUAUUUUCCUUACUGCCUGUACCAAGUUUAUUUUAAAGCUCGAUCAUUAGGUUACUGAAAAGUAACAGCUACAAACUGUACCGGUUUAAGCGACAUGCUUAGGUUAUCUCAGUUACUGAAACAGUCCUAAGAUAAAUAGGCUCAAGUAACAGCCGUAACACAUCUCUGUUUAAUUUCAAGCGUUGACCUAUGCAUUCCUACGGUGCGGGACAUAUGAUUUGAAUCUGUUUUCAGAUGUUGGAAGCCUAUGAGACACAUGUCCAGACAAAAUACCCGUCUCGAUUAAACCCUACCAGCCUGAGCGAGAUGAGUGCUGAUCAUGUCAAAAUGUGCUCUGUGAGUAGUGGGUGAACGAGAUGAGUGCUGAUCAUGUCAAAAUGUGCUCUGUGAGUAGUGGGUGAACGAGAUGAGUGCUGAUCAUGUCAAAAUGUGCUCUGUGAGUAGUGGUCGAAAUAGAUUACAGUCAAAUAGUACUUUUGUAAAUAUGCCACAAAUAUUGCUACAUCAAUUAAACAUGACAAUAAAAUAUAAUUUUUAAAGAUUAAUAAAUAAAUAUCUAUAUAUUAUAUAAGAAUGAGCUAGGCUGACCGUAACGCCAAAGAAACGAAGAGAUUUAAAUACGUUCAGUAUCGGGUGUUAUUUUCUUGUAUUUAUAUAUAAAUGGAAUAGGGUUGUAACAAUAUAAAAAUAAGAAAUAAGAUAUAAAUUUGUAAAAAUUUUAAAAAUCGUAAAUUUGUAAAAUACGGAGAAUAUAAAGUGUUAGUGUAAAAUGUGAACAGUGAACAUACAAUAUAUGUUUUUGAACUAAAAAAUGUGUCUACUUACUUCAUGCUCAUUGCGUUUUGUCAUCUUUGACAGGCUGUUUGAUGAGCCAGACUGAUGACGACCAAGUUAAACUUGAUGAGAAAGAUAUUGUACUGUAUUUUAAAAGAUAAACACAUUUUUUUCAAUGUAUAAAUAAGUUUCUAUAAUUUUUUUUCAAGAACGCUCAUAAACUAUAUUUGCACUGAUUAUUUAUUUUUUAUUAAGUAAAUUUAAUCUAUUCUUUACAGCCAUUUACGAACUUUAAGGAAAUAAGAAAAAGGAGAUGCCUAGUUUCGGCUCUAACUGUGAUAUCUAUUUCAUAUUAAAUGUUCUGAUAGUUUGUUACAAUUAAUCGCCAGUGUCUUUGUAAUCUAUUAGGUUACCUUGGUUAUUUUUAACAAUUACAAUCUUUAAAAAAAAUAAUGAAAACCUGAUCAUCUUGUCAUUUGAAUAAAAAGUGUUAAGGCCACUAGUGCCGUUACUGGGGUAUCCAUAGUCUUCCAGGUGUUUAUCAUAACCUAGGCACACCAUAGCGCCCUCCAGGUGUCUAUCACAACCUAGGCACACCAUAGCGCCCUCCAGGUGGCUAUCAUAACCUAGGCACACCAGAGCGCCCUCCAGGUGUCUAUAAUAACCUAGGCACACCAUAGUGCCCUCCAGGUGUCUAUCAUAACCUAGGCACACCAUAGCGCCCUCCAGGUGUCUAUCAUAACCUAGGCACACCAUAGUGCCCUCCAGGUGUCUAUCACAACCUAGGCCCACCAUAGCGCCCUCCAGGUGGCUAUGAUAACCUAGGCACACCAUAGCGCAUACCAGGUGUAUAUCAUAAACAAGGUACACCAUAGCGCAUACCAUGUGUAUAUCAUAAACAAGGUACACCAUAGGCAUACCAGGUGUAUAUCAUAAACAAGGUACACCAUAGCGCAUACCAGGUGUAUAUCAUAAACAAGGUACACCAUAGCGCAUACAAGGUGUAUAUCAUAAACAAGCUACACCAUAGCCAUACCAGGUGUAUAUCAUAAACAAGGUACACCAUAGCGCAUACCAGGUGUAUAUCAUAAACAAGGUACACCAUAGGCAUACCAGGUGUAUAUCAUCAACAAGGUACACCAUAGGCAUACCAGGUGUAUAUCAUAAACAAGGUACACCAUAGGCAUACCAGGUGUAUAUCAUAAACAAGGAACACCAUAGCGCAUACCAGGUGUAUAUCAUAAACAAGGUACACCAUAGCGCAUACCAGGUGUAUAUCAUAAACAAGGUACACCAGAACGUUCACCUGCAGGUGCGCAUCUUGCAGGCCGAGCAGCACCCUGAAGGCAACUGUGACUUUACAUACAAGCUUCGCGAUGAAACAGCACAAGCUUCAAUGGGUCCUUAGAUGAACAACGUCUGCGAAUCACUGGUUGAAUCAACUUUGAAUAUGAUGAAAUGUAUCUAAAUAAAUAAUGUUAAAGUAUAAUCAUGG